ACACAAAGAAGAAAAUGUAAACAGGAAGUUGGUCUUCAAGGGGUGUGGUGCAUUAUUGGCUGGCAAGAUUGUCGCGUUAACGUUGUUCUGGAUUAUUGUAAUUAGCUACCUAUAUUUAUAGUGUGCUACCAAUUACAAAGUUAGCAACGUUACCUAGUAAAACAGUUAAUUACGAAUAUGUCAACGCCAACCAGCUCAGGGGGUGAAAUGUCAAAUUCGCAGUUAGUUCAACAGUUGGCUUUUCUGGGUUGGCUCCGUUCUGACGACGAAAAGGAUAAGGGGUUUUUGACGGCUGUCACAGGUAUUCAGGUGGCACGAGAGCUCAUGAACCGUAUUACUGGACAAGGGAAAGUGGAUGCCUAUAAGAAGAAUCCAAAUGCUUCACAGCAGGAAAUCAACACAGAAGUGGAAAAGCAUGUGCUGAUAUUUGCUGCUCGAGUACAAGCUUUUCAAUCUUCCCCACUACUCUGAGACUGUGUCUUAGCAGUCUGUCUCUUCCUGUCUGUGUCGGGUAUAUUUGUGUUUUUUUCUGUGUCAUUAUUUUUGUGUGUAUAUGUCUACAGUGCCUUCUGAAAAUGUCAGCACUGUCUGUUGGCCACAAAGAGACCAACUGGGUUACAUAAUCCCAUCACAUUUCCACUGUAUGUUUUAAUUGAAAAUAAUCAUGCUUUUAAAUAUAUGUCCAUUUUAUCCUUCCUUAUAAUUCCAUGCCACUGUGAAUUGUCAGUUGUAUCAUAAUAACCAUGUCACUGUGUUGACUCUUAUUAUUCUUUAAUUAUAUGUAAAAUAAAAGAUGCUUAAAUGAAGAGGUUAAAUAAAAAAAAAUGCAAAAUGUAACAAAACUCUUCAUAUUCACUGUAUAUAGGAAAUACAAAAAAUAAAUUAUGAUUAAAAUAUAGCAUGUCAGAUGAUAGGAAAAACAUGAUUCACGCAGAUAGCGUCCGAGGAUAUGUUCCAGGUGUUACUAAAGCAAGUGUCAUUACGUUGACAUAUGUGGUCUCUUUCUUCUACACCUGGGCACUUAUUCCUGCAGAAAACAGAAUCCAAAAAAGGAGGAGGCCCUGGCCUCUCCCUCACCCUACAUCCAAGAUUAAAGGAAGGGACAGACACAGACAACAAUCAGGGUGAACAAAGCAGAUCCACCCACUCUGUCUACAGAGCAGAUGAGACAAAACUUUCCAAUAGCAGUGUACAACUUACUAUAUUUGAUUUAAUCAUGAACCGGCUUACAGGUGGCAUUAAAAAUAUGUUAAUGGUCAAUGAAAGCAUGGCAAAAACAACAACCCGUUGUUUGAUUACAGCAUAAUAUAUUGAAAAUGAAGAAAGUCAGAAGGAAACUAAAGUGAACAUUGAUUAGGCUGGAGGACCGCUCCUAAAAUCAAGAAAUGAUUACACCAAUCAAGGUGGCCAAUGUGGCUCUCUCUUUUUCUCUCUCUUUUUCUCUCUAACUCUCUCUCUGUGUCUCUCUCUCCCUCUCUCUCUCUUCUCAAUCGUUCUCUCUAUUAUCUAUCGCUCCCCCCGCACACACAAACAUAUACCGUCCGGAGGAUUGUGUUUAAUGAAUAUAUGAUGUCAACAUUGAGUCAUAGUGCCGUUCACUUUUCAACAAAAAAUAUGAAUCCCCAAGUCUUACUUGAUCACUUCUUACCGUGCAAGCAGUCUACUCUCAAAAGAACGUGGAACUCGACGCACGGUGAGUUGUCUUACAAAAUUGCGGAUGUAAGGAUUCUGAUUCUUUUAAACGAAAAGUAUUACGUCGUAAGUAAAAUCGAGUUUAAAUUUGCUUUAUUUUAAAGACAACAAUCGUUUUUUAAUAUUAGUCAAUUUGAGUUAUUAGUUCUGUUACUAUGAUGCAUAAUCCAAAAUCGUAAAUAAUUUUAAAACGGUCGAAUCAAUUUACUGUUUAUACUGCUUUACUAUUUAGGCACGUUAAAGAAUAUUGUUUAACAUCUACUAGGAGUUUUUUGGAGUCUAUGUUUAUGCAUCUUCAUUGGUCUAAUUUAUUUCAGGUCAGAAAAUAGACCAACUUAUAUUAAGAAUAUAAAUUGGUCAGAAUAUUAAGAAUGCUGAACAAUUUGUUGGAGGACGGAAAAUUCCAGAGCAGUUGUAUGGCUAUUCAGCUGAAUGGACAUCAAUUCACUGUGAAAGGCUCAGUGGUACCAACCCAUAAUACCCUCCGGUCCAGAUAUUCUGGCUCUUCCCUACCAGCCUAUAGGACUACUCCUUGUGUGUAUGGAACUAUCCUUGUCUUAUUCUGUCAACCUGGACACUUCCUGGACGCUUUUUACAUUUACAUUUAGUCAUUUACAUUUAGUCAUUUUUCUUAUAUCAUAGAAAGGCAUUUGGACAAACCUGCAGCUCUGUGAUUUAAGCUUCCAACGAAUAUCUUUAUACGUAUUGUAGUCAGUGCAUUAUGUGUUGUUGGUGGCUUGCUGUGUGUAGUGUAUUAACAGGGAACAAACAGAUCGGUGUGGGAGGUGCAUGUUAGUGCAGUGGUGUUUCUCUGCUGGGCCAACCACAGUUAUGGCUCGUAGGCGCGGUGGCUGCUGCUCUCGGCUGCCACUAAACGAGGACAAUGCACGUUUCUGUCUCCUGGCUGGGCUCAUCCUGUUCUACCUGAUGUGUGGAGCGGCCAUCUUCUCCGCUCUGGAGCGCCCCUCCGAGCUGCUCGCCCACCUUCUCUGGGACCAACAGCUGGCCAACUUCACGCGGCACCACAGGGUGAGCAGGAAAGACCUCCACAUGCUGCUGCGUCAGUAUGAAGAGGCCAACGGGGCAGGCAUUAGAGUGGACGCACUCCGGCCCAGAUGGGACUUCUCCGGAGCCUUCUACUUUGUAGGCACAGUGGUCUCCACAAUCGGCUUUGGAAUGACGACUCCAGCUACCAUAGCUGGUAAAAUAUUCCUUAUCUUCUAUGGUCUCAUCGGCUGUGCCGCUACCAUCCUGUUCUUCAACCUCUUUCUGGAGAGAAUCAUCACCAUGCUCGCCUAUAUCAUGCGCUGGUGUCACGAGCGGCGACUGAGGCGAGCUGGUGUCGGGGGCUCGUCGGGCGGGGAGGAGCCCCACAGUGAGGAGGACAGUCUGGAAGGCUGGAAGCCGUCGGUCUACUACGUGAUGCUGAUCCUGGGGGUGGCCUCGGUGCUGAUCGCCUGCAGCGCCUCCACCCUCUACUGCACCAUGGAGGACUGGAGCUACGUGGACUCCCUCUACUUCUGCUUCGUGGCCUUCAGCACCAUCGGCUUCGGGGACCUGGUGAGCAGCCAGAGGGAGCGCUACGAGGCCCAGGAAGCCUACCGCCUCGGGAACUGCCUCUUCAUCCUCAUGGGCGUGUGCUGCAUCUACUCGCUCUUCAACGUCAUCUCCAUCAUCAUCAAGCAGACGCUGAACUGGAUCCUGGCCAAGCUGGCGUGCCCGGGCCACUGCUGCUCCUGCCCGUGUCCCUCGCUGAGGGGCUGCUGGAGGCUGUGCUGCCCCUGCCUCCCUAACAAGCACCCCACCCUCAGGCCCCCGCCCGCCAGGCUCCGCCAGCAGCGGCUCAAACGCAACGCGGUGCAGCCUGCGCCGUCCCACUGCCCGGCGGGCCGGCAUCGCUACACGGACGCCUCGGUGGAGACGGUGUGCGACAGCGAGACGGACGCCGGAGCGGGGCCCGACGGGGCCUACGGCGUGGGGCGCCGGCUCUCUGGGGAGAUGAUCUCGGUGAACGACUUCACGGCCUCUAAUAAGGUGUCCCUGGCCCUGCUGCAGAAGCAGCUGUGCGAGACGGCCCACCAGGGCCCACGCCAAAGCCAGGCCCGCCACAACGGCUUCUCCGGAGGGGUGGGCGCCUUCGCAAUCAUGAACAACCGCCUUCAGGAGACCAGUGUAGACAGGUAGACCCUUCUCCCCCCCCAGCCUGCCUCUGCUCCCGUCUAGCCAUGGCGGACAACAAACGCUUUAUUUAAAUGUAGACAUGCACUGAAGAAAUGAGUGCACAUGACUUUGGAAUAUCCUUCGGAGAUUGUAUUCUGGACCUGGAUGGUCAAUUCCCGUAACUAGCUCAUUCUUGAUAAAUCAUGACGAAAACACGUUUUAGCGAACCACAGUAACUUGCUGCCAAAGACCAUACAUUUACACCAGAGGUACAUUCAGAGAUUAUUGGAGAUAUACGGCACUUAUAUUGAAAUAGAGGCUUCUGAGUCAGACCCAACUCUGACAUGAAUUCCAGACAUUCAUCAAUAUCACUGAACUCCAGACUAUACUUGAAUAUCCCCAUUUUCUUGUGUGGAGAUAAGCGUUGGACAGAUGCGUGUCAUUCAGAGAACAUCAGUCUGGAGAGGGGUCUGACACGCUCAAGUGAUUGGCUCGUGCAAAAGGCAAUCAGACAGUAGAAGAUUCUGAGGGCUUCUUGAGAGGAAGGCCUGAUUCAUGAGAGCACUGCAGAUGUCCCCUGGGAUCCUUAAAACAGCACAAUGGUUGUGCGUUAGGGUCUGUCCACGAUCAGCGAAUAAUAAGAAGUGGCUGUAUUCUGUAUUUGCAUUCUCGGCCCAUCUGAAGUCUGCAGGAGCACCUGAUGAAUAUGUAUCGCUGUUUGAAUGAUGUGGCUUAAUUACAUAUCCCUCAGAAGAGUAGUAUGGAAGCUGUAAGGACAGCAUUCAUUAUUCUGCAGAUGGAUCAAGGAGGGACAGUACGUUUUAAUGCAGUGUCUCAUUGAAGUUCACUGCAAUCAUGAUGAAUGUAAGACAUCAUAUUUUAAAAGGUAAUGUAGUCUAGUGAGGCUUGGGACAAAUGUCCUUAUGUUAAAGAGUGCACCAGGGAGUGGGAUACAAGCACAGUCAAGAAACCAGCAUGUAGAAAAAGACCAGGACAGAGUCUAAUCGCAUCAUGUGUGCAGGUGUGUGUUAAUAAGAAAAGCCAUUUAUCAUAUGCUAGUUUUUUUAUUGCAGUACUAUUAUUCAUAUUGUAGUUAUUAUUAAUAUGUAGCUGUUAUGUGUUGACUCAAUGCCUAUCAAAGCAUCACUUUAUACAGAAGUGUCAGGGCACAGAAGACUAGAUUGGAUGUCUUGCACACACUGAAAACCAGGUUGCAGCUAGAAGAGAGACAUCUCCACCUAGUGGAUAUAUUAUGAACUAAACUGAUUCAAGAAUAUCAUUUC